CGUAGCAUCAUUUCUCCUCAGCCUUCUUUCUCCUCAUCCUCUUCACCUUCGACGCACUUCGAGCGCAUGUGUAACUCAUCCCAUUUCCAUGCCCAAAUUCUUCUCUGAAGAGAGGCGAGUGCGAGCUGGGAUUUCACGAUUUGGUGCUAAAAAAUGUCCAAAGAGGUUUCAUCUGUUCGAUCAAUCUCGAAGCCGGCCAGAUUAGAGAACAACGAGAAUGAAUUUGAGCUCCAGUUUAGCUCGACUCCGUUGCCUCCUUCGCGAACGCCGCUCAACUCCAUUCCAGAUCCAUCUCAAUGUGAAGAACUCGACCAGACUCUGGUGGAAAAGCCAGAUGUGGUUCCACCUCCUCGUUCGUCGAAUUUCCAAGCCGUUUUUGGCACUAGAAAUGGAACGGCAGGUUCUGCUAACAAAGGGAAAGCUCUUCCGGAAACGAGCUCAGUUCAAAGUACUCCCGCAACUGCAAGGAGAGUUUCAAUCAUCCGUGCUCCGGGAGGAAAAGGGAGCAAUUUCACCUCUAGAGUUACAAGAGGGAUUCCGCUCUUGAGCUUGGAGAAUUCAGUUGAAGUGCCACAUUUUGAACUAGCAGAGGAUCCAUCGUUUUGGAGAGAUCAUAGUGUGCAGGUUUUGAUUAGAAUAAGACCGCUAAGUGAUGUUGAGAGAGCGACUCAAGGAUACGGUAGAUGUUUGAGGCAAGAGAGUGAGCAGACUCUAGUUUGGCUUGGCCACCCUGAAACUAGAUUCACCUUUGAUCAUGUUGCUUGUGAAUCCUUAUCACAGGAAAAACUCUUCUGUGUUGCUGGGAAUCCCAUGGUGGAGAACUGUAUGUCUGGAUACAACAGUUGUAUGUUUGCAUAUGGUCAGACAGGAAGUGGUAAGACAUACACUAUGAUGGGUGAAAUAGGUCAGAUGAGUGGGAACCUUAAUGAUCACAGAGGGAUAACUCCUCGGAUCUUUGAGUACUUAUUCACUAGAAUUAGAGAGGAAGAGGAGAAACAAAAGAGUGAGAGGUUGAAGUUCAGCUGCAAAUGUUCUUUUCUAGAGAUGUAUAAUGAACAAAUUACAGACCUUCUGGAGCCAUCAUCAACUAAUCUUCAUCUUAGAGAGGAUGCGAAGAAGGGGGUCUAUGUCGAGAACCUUACUGAAGUCAGUGCAACCUGUGUUGAUGAUGUUCUCAGAUUUUUGCUACAGGGGGCAUCAAAUAGAAAAAUGGCAGCUACUCAUAUGAACAGCGAGAGCAGCAGAUCCCAUAGUGUUUUCACUUGUAACAUUGAAAGCUGUUGGGAGAAAGAUUCUAUGAAACACUUCAGAUUUGGAAAGUUGAAUUUAGUGGACCUAGCUGGUUCUGAAAGGCAGAAAAGUUCUGGGGCAGAUGGAGAACGUUUGAAAGAAGCAGCUAACAUAAACAAGUCCCUUUCAACUCUCGGGCCCGACCCUAUCAUACCCUCCCCCAGAUCCCACACCCUCAUGGAAACCAAAGGACUUAGGUUCAAACCUUAUGAUCCAUUUUAGUGAGAAUUCAAAGUCCUUUAGCCCGAAAGGCCAAAAUAACUUUCGUUUUGACCUAAGGGUUCCGCUAGCCAACCCCCACUCCGUCCAACCCAACCCUAAACAUCCAAAUAUAUUUCAUUUCCUUUUGAUAUCCAAAAUAAAGUCUCUUCUAUCUAUUUUAAUCUCUGGUCACAAUAGGAAACCAAAACAGCCCCAUUCAUCUUCCAACAUCCACCCAACAUGGUCCCUACUAUGUUCCCUAGUACAACCCACUAAACAACCAUAAAAUUCCAGGAGAAACAUGGUACUUUCUUAACCCUUUAACCACCAAAUAAAUCCUCAUAUAUGCAGCCAAAGUACCACACAUUAUCCUUUCCCUUUGUCCCCCCUAGUUGGCUGAACACAUCCCCCCCCAAAUCAGCCCAAAAGAAUGAUAUCCAUUCCCCUUGGUUUGCCUUUCAUUGGAGACCCUACAACCACACCCAUCCCUGAUUUUAUUCCAAUAAAAGGACCUAAAACAU